AUGAUCCUUCACACCUCCGGAAUGGCUAACUAUAGAUCUGUGCAAAAUCCUGCCAAAACCAGUAAGUCUUCUGGCCUUUCUGAUCACAAUCAUGAUCCUUCUUUUUAUCGAAAACUAAUUGGAUAUUUGCAGUAUUUAACAUUAACGAGACCAAAUAUCACGUAUGUCGUUAAUCAGUCUUGUCAAACAAUGCAUCAACCAACUCAAUCCAGCAUUCAAGAAUUAAAGCGUGUACUUCGAUACCUACAAGGCAUUGUUUCCCUCAACCUACCAAUUAUUCAUGGAUCUCUUGAACUCACUGCCUUUGCUGAUGCUCAUUGGGCUAGUGAUCCUGCUGAUCGGAAAUCGACUACUGGUUACUGCAUCUUUCUUGGGUUUAUACUUAUUCCAUGA